AUGGCAGACGGCAGAGCGGCCCAUUUGGAGCAACAGACCACUAGCAACUGGGCAGCAGCCUUCCAGACGAAAUUCGACACCGUAUUCAGGCGAUUCUGGGAGCAACUAGAAGAGAAGAGCCAACCUCCUGCUCCAACACUGGUCAAAACAGCAUCUCGGCACCCUGCACCCUCUCAUACCCAGCCGUGUCACUCAGACGCACCCUCAACACCGCUGAAGCAGGCAAACGCGGAACAGCGGAGAUCUAACUCGCCACCGGGUCACCCACAAGCAUUGCCCAUACAAGACAACACAAGCAGGCAACACCUAGGAGAUCCCUAUGCGGCACUGCAGAGAUCAUCAAGGGGCAAAGGCCGCCCAAAGCCGACAUGCCGGGGCCCCCGCAGCAGCUAUACGGGUACGCCCGAGCCUACCUCACCGAUAUGCUGUAACCCAGCAGAGACAUCCACAACAGGGAAGUGCAAGACGCAGACAGCGCGUCGAGGGCCUGAAGAAUUCUCCAAACCUUCGCACUGA